CAUAUUCAGUGCAUAAUAUUCAAGUUGAUUCAUUCAAAAGAGAUGUAAAAGUGUUAUUUAAUUUUGACUUAUCCGUCGUUUCAGCUAUAAACGGGUUUCAUACAACCGGCCCCCGGUAUAUCGAGCCAGUAAAGUAGCCAGCUCGACGAUUAAGUGUCUCUAUGCAAAUUAAAAGUUAUACCAUUAUUCAAUUCUUCAGAAAUUAAUAUAUUUUCAAAGUCAAUUAACACGAAAAUAUACUUGCACAGCGACACAAUUUUGUCGGACUGGCUUCGCUACUAUUUCAUCUAGCUGAAUUCUACACUGAUUGGAUAAACCCAACUGGUAGACAAGUAUUGAAGUGUGCUACCUGUCAGGUUAUAUCUGUUUAAAUGUGACCUUUAUUGUCAAAGAGGAUGAAAGCAACUACUAAUCGAAAAGUUUAAGAUGAAAUUCGCAAAACUGGUCAUAAUUUUAGUUGCUCUGUCUGCCACAUUCGUGUUUAUAUUUAACUACAAAAUGUUGGAUAUUAUUCUGAGAAUGAAAGGAAAUAUCGCAUUCCGUUCCUCAAUUAAUUUGAGGCUCUCCAUUGUUGAAAAAGAUGACAGUGAAGACAUCGUAAAAGAACCCAGUAGUUCAAACGAGCAAGUUCAACCAAUCCACUCUGAUUACCCAACCUAUCACACUUUUGAGGCAAUGCUACACGACGACACGCAUGAGUCAAACAACAGAGCCUUUCCAGCAUACUCUUCGUGCCCAUAUCGGGGAAUAAGAAAGCCAAGGGAAACGAGUGAUUCUAAAACCCUGGUUCCAGAGUGUCGUAGAAGAAAGUCAACUUCUCGUGAUUGCGAAGACGUGAUCAAAUAUUUCGGUCCUCACGGAACAAUGACACCAGGGAAGUGCGAUAUUGAAGAUGCUGUUAAAAUAUGUUCCAUAUCUGGUGGGGAAAAUUACAAAAGAGAGCAAGUCCAAGUAUCAUGCAAUGAUAGUCACUGCAGAGGAAAAACUAUUUUACUUGGACUGUUUAAUGAAAAGAUGGGAAAAGUUACAUGGCGCAAAUUGAAUGAUACAGACGACUUAAAUGCGCAACUUAAACAACACAUUCUGUCUUCAACCUUUGGGCCCGGAUUUGCAUUGUUAAAAUGCGGGAAAGGUACCCAGGUCUUAAGUUUUCCAACUAUUUUAAAACGGGUUAAACCUUCUCGAAGGCUGAAGAAGAGAAGACCAUUCAAUAUCAACGUCGUAGUUGAGGACUCGUUAUCUCGCGCGCACUUUUACAGAACUCUCUUAAAAACUGCGUCGACUUUUAGAGAUAUUGUUUAUAAUCAAACAAUUCCAUCGACCCUCCUGGAGUUUGAAAAGGUUCAAGGCUAUGAAACAAACACAUAUAAAAACCUUCAGAGACUGUUUGCAGGACGAAAAUACUUACACGUUAAAAAGAACUGCAAAUAUACUCUCGAGGAAUUUAAAGCAAAUGGUAGCACGUUUAACUGUACGCAUGGAAUCGAAGAGAUGUUUGCUCGAUAUAAAAACGCUGGAUAUAGUACACUGCUUCAAGAAGAUAACUGUUGGUAUGACUCGUGGGGUUCGUUCAUGGAUCCACGCGAAAACAUAGGUCCAGUUAGGAGCAAGAUGGAGCGGCUUAGCAGAUGGAAGGAUUUUGUUCAGCUUGUUCAACUAUCGGGUCGUGGAAAGGUGGUUGAUGAUUAUGGGAUGUCUAUAUUAACUUGUGAUGUUUACAGAAAGUUUAAAGUGACAAACCCUUAUAAUUCGAAAACUGUUCCAAACGUUUGCUUCGCCGGGAGGCAUUAUGCAUCAUUCUUCUUGGAGUAUGUGAAAAAGUACACAGAGCUCAAUGAUAUGGCCGAUCAGCCGUUCAUAGCGUAUACACAUGUGUUGACAUCACACGAUACUAAUGGAAGACGUAUAGUCAAUGAUGACGAAAGUCUUUCAGAGUUAUUUCGACACGCAGCACAUUUACGAAACACUUUGACGAUCUUUGCCUCAGACCAUGGCGGAAAAGUGAUUAAUUUUGCAGCAUAUUCAACACAAGGAAGAGAAGAGGUCUUCCAACCUUUGUUGUUUAUGAUCAUUCCACACGAAGUCAGCAAGUUGCUUGGUUCAGAAGCAAUGAAUGCAUUGGUGCUCAAUCAAAAUCGUUUGGUAGGCGUUGAAGAUCUGUACAACUCAUUGGUCUCGAUUAUAGAACCUCGCGUGAAAAAACAGACGGAAAAUGCAGCCUCGAACCCAGAACAUUCCAACCAGGACACUGCAGGUUCUAAUCCGAAACAUUUAGCUGCGUUCGCUGACCCAAUUUCAAAAACUUUUAGGGAAGAGGAAGGACUUGAUGGACCUCUGAUAAAAUCACGUCUGCAAGGUUUAUUUAGACCAGUAUUUUUAAACCGCACUUGCAAAGAAAUGAAAAUAAGUUCGGUUGCAUUAUGCCUGUGCGAUGGCAUGGAAAACACGAUCUCGAACGACACUGGUACAGUCAGGUGGGCGGCUGAGUUUGUGCUGGGAACCUUAAAUAACAGAAUUCAGGAACAGUACACAACAACUCUGAAGACUCAGCUGGGAAAGAUGGCUACGUCUAAAUUCUUUGGUUACGGCGCUUGUCAGAGGUAUGUAAUUACGGGUGUGACAAAUGCGCGGCAAGUCGUCGUUGGCAUCAACCAAAAGCUAUUGUUCACUUUACUGGCAAAACCCAUUGACCGAAAGACUGCGGAAAUUUUUGACGUCGAAUUGACGUUUCCCAUGAAAAUAGGUGAGCAUGGUAUAAUUUUGAAUAAUCUGGUUCGUGUAUCCCGGUUUAAUGAGUAUGAAAUGUGCUCGGAUACGGGCGUUGAUCCAAAGCUGUGCGCAUGUCAUCCUUAUAAAACUAACAACACCUUGUGGAGGAGGAAAUUGUUUUCGAUGGUGACUUCACAAGCCACUUUAGGAAUGAAACCUCAGACACAGUUUCUUGAUAAGCCGUGUCUUGUGAUAAUUGCUCGGGUUAAAACGAUACAAAUACGCCCUGGACGUUGGCAAAAUGCCACGGAGACAUACGAAGCAAUCAACCGGUGCAAAAAUGUGAAAUACAAAUUAAGAAUUUCGUUUAGACGCGCCAUUAAAACGAGGAUUUCAUUGAAAUAUCCUGCAAUUGUAACUCUACUGCCGAAGACAGUCACAUUCCUUUAUACGGCUAUAAACAACUGGAGAUUUGGCAAAGCUGUGCCUAAAUUUAGUUUUAAAAAGACUGUAUUAUAUCGCAGUAAUACAACGGACAAGAAACUGUAAUGUAUGUUUGAUGGAUGGAUGGA